UUAGGCAUAUUCUGGGGCGUUGGCCUGUGUAACCGGGCGCAGCAGAGAACAUUCACACCUAGGGCACCUGUGUGCGAGGACCAAUCCACCAUGCCUGAAGUCAAAGACCUUUCGGAAGCCUUGCCAGAGACGUCCAUGGACCCCAUCACGGGAGUCGGGGUGGUGGCUUCCCGGAACCGAGCCCCAGCAGGCUAUGAUGUAGUGGCACAGACGGCAGAUGGCGUGGACGCUGACCUCUGGAAAGACGGCUUGUUCAAGUCCAAGGUUACCAGAUACCUGUGUUUCACAAGAUCGUUUUCAAAAGAAAAUAGUCAUUUGGGGAACGUGUUAGUGGACAUGAAGCUCAUUGACAUCAAGGACACGCUGCCCGUGGGCUUCAUCCCGAUGCAGGAGACGGUGGACACACAGGAGGUGGCUUUUAGAAAGAAGAGGCUAUGCAUCAAAUUCAUCCCCCGGGAUUCCACUGAAGCUGCCAUCUGUGACAUUCGGAUCAUGGGCCGGACCAAGCAGGCCCCUCCUCAGUACACGUUUAUUGGGGAACUGAACAGCAUGGGGAUCUGGUAUCGAAUGGGCAGAGUGCCUAGAAAUCACGACUCAUCUCAACCCACAACACCCUCGCAGUCCUCGGCCGCCUCCACCCCAGCCCCCAACCUCCCCAGGCACAUCUCUCUAACGCUCCCCGCCACCUUCCGAGGCAGGAACAGCAGCCGGACGGACUAUGAGUACCAGCACUCCAACUUGUAUGCCAUAUCAGCCAUGGAUGGUGUGCCUUUCAUGAUUUCAGAGAAGUUCUCCUGUGUUCCAGAAAGUAUGCAGCCCUUUGAUCUCUUGGGAAUCACCAUCAAAUCUCUAGCAGAAAUUGAGAAAGAGUACGAGUACAGCUUCCGCACGGAGCAGAGCGCCGCGGCCAGACUCCCGCCCAGCCCCACCCGGUGUCAGCAGACCCCUCAGUCCUGAGGAGCGGGGCCUCCGCGGGGAGAAGACGCCUCACCCAGUGCCCAGACUACUGACGGGGCAGCGGGGGCCGCUCCCCGCCCUGCCCGCCCUGCCCCCAGCCCUGCCUCCACCUCCCACCCCACAAGCACCCAAGACCCUGGGCAGCUGAGUGGUGACCUCCGGUCAUUGGCUCGCCUGACGAGACCCCAGCCUCCCGGGGACAUUGUUCACAACUGCGACUAAUCUGUGUGUGCUGUAGUGACCAGCCAUUCCUAGCUGUCUAUGUGAUGACCAGUCGUGCUGCCAAACACCUCCCCCAGCUGGAGUCGUCCCCGAGGGCCCGGCAGUCCCUCCGGCCGCCCAGUGACGCACACUGGCUCCUUUUCUCCUGUCACCCACCAUAGGAAUCCCACAAGCCAUCGUUCCCCCCGGAAGGCCACAGGGCUGGCCACUUCACAUAGGACCCUCCGGGCUCACUGUCACCUGAGAUGCAGGGCUGGGGGGAGCACGUCCCUCCCACCUACAGGCUCAGGUACACCAAGCGCUUCACAGCAGCCCUGAGAAACCGCGGGUGGGGAGGCCAGAGGGCCCCUUCCACUGUGGACAGCUAUGGACUCUUCGCCCAGUGCAUGACUGGACACCAGAGGCCCUGCCACUGGCACAGAGGGGGACUCACUUUCCCGGGAGAGGACAGUGUGACCGGGCACCUGCCUGCGAGCUCGGCUUGCCCUACCCCCCCAGAGGGCUUGACUGUGGGGCACUCCAGCCAGUGACAGCGCCACCUGCCGCGGCCAGUGCCCUGACCCAGUGACUACAGGACGUGCCCCACGAGGCCGCCACAGGCAGUGACAUGAGAGGUGCCCAGCACUGGAGGACACGGCCACGCUGCCAUCAGGCUGCUCUCAGCCCGGCUGUGUCUCCUUGGCAUCUGCGGACAGAAACCCCUGACCCAGACCUGGAUUGAGCCAGAGCCAGCGUCCCCCGUCCCCAGCACUGGAGGUGCCAAGCUCGGCCCCACACGUCCACCCCGAGAACAGCCGCCAGCACCCUCCCUGGGGCCCAGGACUUCAGCCCAGGGGCCUGCUUUGCCCCAGGCCCACAGGACGCGGGGUCUGACUCCUUUGGGUCCCCAGAGGGGGCUCUGGACGUGAGGGCUUGCUGCGCUUCGGAGGCGCCAUGGACAGGGCUGUGGACAGCAGCCCUCGGCCAGUACAGGCCCUGCCAGCUGAAGUUCCAGGGACGGUCCACAGGCCAAAGGAACCAGAGAGUCGACAGGCUGGCCAGGAGCCGGGGGGCCCAAAUACCUCACCACCUGCGUCGUCCCUCGGCCCCCAGAGCCUCAGCCGCCCGCGGCGGACCAGCCUCCUCCUCGGCAGCUCCUCCUCUUGGCCCCUCUUCGUUUCUGUGUGUCAGCAAGUGGCUGCCUGGCCCCUUCCCAAGACCUAAGGGCACCUGUGAGGUGACCCUCCCACACCUCUGGGCGGCACAAGGCCGGGAAAGGCCCUUGGCCCCUGCCAGACCCAGGAGGCCCCCUCGCGGGCCGGUGCUUCACAGGAGGGCUGGCGGGUGGAGCCCAGCACCCACAGAACCAGCCAGCUGUGCUCCAGGGCCUGGGCACCCCACAACCUGCCCGCUGCUGCUUUUUGAUGGUAGUUUAUCCAGCACCAAGUGGCCAGCACAGCUUGAGGCUGGACAAAGGAGCGAGGCCCCGGGGGCCGCAGGAGGUGGAGAAGGGGACUCUGCACUUCGUUUUGGUUUGUAUACUUUGUUGUUCGACCUCUUUCCACCCCCUGAUUGUGAGACUGUCCCCAGCAGGUAACCGGGGUCCUCCUCCUCCACAGUGGAGAAGGCAGCAUCUCCGCGGCGCUGACGGUCCUGGAAGGCCACAGGGCGAAAGCAGGAUCCCUGGUCAGGGAUAGAGAAGGUAGACCAAGGGUGGCGGGGGAAGGGAGAGGGCAGCCACAGCCCCCACCGCCACCCUCCCUCAGGGCCACCAGGAAAAGGGCACACUGUGGGCUCUGGCCGGUAGGAGAGGUCUCCCCAUGGCAUUAUGGACUCAGUUUGAUAGUGACCUUGACUGUGAAGCUUGUGACAUGAGCUGAUGAGUGGUGAGGUCAAGUUGAGGUUGGUAGACAUUAGGCUGCUCCCCACCCGGGCUCCUGCCCUCUGAGAGGUGGACAAGGAGGGGCAAGCGUGUGGGUCACAGCUUGUGCGUGUGUACGCCCACCCCGACGGCGUCGUGCGGACCACAGGACUGUGGCAGGGUGAGGAGCUGAGGGGCCUCUCAAGUCUUAGGUGGGGAACGCUCUGUCCACCAACCCCUGGCCUCUUCUGGAAGCGAGGGACAAGGAUGCCCUUGGCUAUAUGAAGGGCCACGGCCUCUUCCUUGGGUCCCCCCAGCAUGUCCCAUAGCUGCUGCUGUCCCUGCCCAGCACCCUGCCCCCCUGAAAAGACCAACCAGAGCACAGCAUCCCCGAGCCCUGCCCUCCGCCCUGAAAACUCAGUCGUCUUCUGAGACCUAGCAAAUGGCACAAAGUUGACAAGGAGCAGGUGUCUCUUGCUCCAGGUUCACUUGCAAAUUUAUCAUGAGGCCUUUUUUCUACCCCAAAUCCAAGAACUCAUGCCAGCCACACCCCACCCCGAGUUCAGUGAAGACAUCACAGCCUGCACUGCCCUUCCCCAUGGCCAGAGCCGUGUGGUCUCCAGCGACCAAGCUCAUUUUGUAGGAAAAAACCACGGACACUGGUCGGUGGCCCCCGAGUGCUUCAGAAGGCCAUGGGGGGACGAGGCUGACCUGUUCUGCGCAGCCCUCUGCUGGGCACAGCUGGGCAGUCCAGACGCUUUCUCCCAUAGCCUCCCCCAAAACAAGACCUAGUAGUUCACGUUCUUUGCUGCCUGUUGCCGAUGGGAAACCCGAGAUUGUCCCUGGCACAGGCUGGUAAGUGGCAGAGACAGGCUCUGGCCCCAAGGUGCACUGGGCCAAUGUCCUCUCAUAAGCACAUGCCUUGGGCUGACCCUGUUUGCAUUCCUGUGACUUCCUGGCUGCCACUGGGCCCUGCUGGUCGCACACUGAGCACGGGCCACCCCUAUGCAAGGGCUCCCCAGGCUGCCGUUGCAGUGCUCCAUCCCUUGCCAUGUCGGGGGCUCCCAGCCUGCAGCUUCUGAGACCCAGGCAGGCAGAGCCCCGCCGAGCGAGCCCCCGUGCCUCCAAGCCACGUGGAGCUGAGCCCGUCGAGUUCCGUUCAGUCUGCCUGACCCCGGACCCUGCAGGAGGGGCAGGCCACUUGCUCCUGCCCCUGCACGAGGCCCCUCUCCAGCAGCCUGGAACCUCAGGUCAGCCCAGCUUCCUCCACCUGCUCUGGGUGCAGACCCCUGGGACAGCGGCAGCCCUCAUCCAGGAGCCCGGGCUUUGUCCCCGCGAUGGAGGGUGCGUGGCUGCUGUGUGACCACUGGCCUCAGACAAGGACCUGAGGAAGGCCCCUCUUCCUGCAUAUUUAUUCAAGGCAACUCUGCACUUGGCCAGGGAAGUUUCACUGUGUGGUUGUCUGUGUUCUUAAUAUAAUUUGUUAAAUAAACGUUCGUUUUAACCUC